AUAUUACUCUUAAACUCCACCUAGCAGAUUUACAGAUAUUUUAAUAAUAUAAAAAUACACUAUUAAGUUACAAAUUACUGCAAAAAUUUCAAAUUCCAAACCGUUUUUGCUGUUGUUGAUAAACCUUCUCUACAAUGGAUCUUCAAUUAAUGGAUGAUCUUUUCCCAUCCCUUCUGCCAGAGUUAGCUAAUCCUUUAUGGGUAGACCUUAAUGGACCUUACGACGACGAUGCCGAGCUAAUAAACGAAGAAGGAAAAGUAAACCGAUGGGUUGUCCAAACCGCUUGUACCACAUACAAAGAUCCCAUCGGAAAGGUUCCUUUGGAAGAAGAUGUCGAUGAAGAAGAGGAAGAGGAAGAAGAAGACGAAGAAGAGAGCGAAACAAAUAACGAUGAUAUUCAAAUGGACGAUGCCAUGGAAGAACCAUCUAUGGCUUCUGCAGAGGAGGAUAAUGGAAUGGGAGAGUGGGGAAUGUGA